UAAGCAGUUCUCAUCUGAGGCAGUCUCAUCUGGCCGUCCCCAUGGCUAAACCAGAGAUCUUUAUGUUUUUUCAGUUAUUAUCAUUCCUUGUUCUGCAAUUCUCUUUGUCUUUUGAACAAGUGCCUGCUAUAGGGGAGAGGAGCUUCGAUAACUCCCCGUCCCGACAUAUCCGGCUAAAAGAUGACAACCCAGACCUCAGUGAAUCCAAUGAGGGAAGUGCUCUACUUGGAGAGGAACUCCCCCUCAAGAGAGUACCUCAGCCGUAUGGAGGGCCCCUGUACUCCCCUCGCCGAGCCAAGCGAAAGCUGCUGCAGACCCCUGCCAGCUCGUCUCUCUUCUCUCCCCUGAACGUGGUGUACAACGGCAAGCCCUGCAUCCUCUUCAGGGCCAGGAAGUUGGCCGUCAGGUACAGGAACAGCACUUUGGUGGACCUCACUGAGAAGGCAUUUGGCUCCAGUGCACAGAUCGACACUAAGGGUUCCGUGUGCAGCAAAGAUAAAGCCACGCUCAUAUUACGUUUUGGGGAUGUUGAGGACUUGAGAGGACUCGUUAUAAGGUUGCAGAUGUCCAACACAUUCUACGAAUCGGCGGGGCAGAACUGGUUCGCACUGGAUAGUGUUCACAUUCACUACAACUGGACACAGGAGGCUACGUUCAACGCCACCGAUGUGUAUGCCCCCUCCACCUACUCCUACCACUGCCAGCAUGUGAGCAGCCUGCAGAAGUACGACACCCUGCUGAUACCCAGCUCCAACACCGACAACUCUGCUAACUGGCACAUCACUUUCACUGACUUCCAGAUACAAGCAUUCAACGUGCUGUCCAACAAGUUUGCCUCUGCCAGCGACUGUGCCACCUUCUUUACCCCCGCCAUCCUGAUGGGACUGAUCACCUCCCUGAUCCUGCUGCUGGUCCUGGCCUACGCCCUGCACAUGGUCAUCCACCUCAAGCACAUCGACCACUACGACGAGCACAAGACGACCGUGUACUUCCCUCGCAGUGUCCCGGAGGCAGACUGCACCGAGAAAAACAGCUUGUAGGACAGGACUACGACUCCCAUGUUCCACCACUGCUGAGCAGAAGGAUGGAGACUGUUUUGUGCUGUUUACUGUCCUGUAGAUCUGAGAGAUAGAGAGAAAGACGGACCUCAAACUAGAGCUGUGUAUUCCAUUAAAACCUCCAGGAGGCAGGCUGAACUCAAGGUUUUAGCAGCCUAAGACCCACUCCCCAGCCCCCCCCCCCUCUCCCCCACCCCCUUGUUAAAGGAAAUGGAACUCUCUGGAACGUUCACUGACUGAUCUCAUGUCUGAUCCCACAUCUUUGUCCGUACUGAUGGACUUCCUGUUAUAUGCUACUUACAUCACCUACAGAAGACAGUGCUGCAAUGCCUUUGAAUUGGUUUGCAGUGCACUCAGUAUUGUGUUGUAGCUGUAGAGGUACUGCACCUAUGGACCACACCUACAAGAAGAUGUUAGAGGACUAUCAGGACAUUGCAAAUGACAAAUGAAAGACUGGUGUGACAUUCUCUUUAGUGAAACUCAUAUUGAUACCGUAAGCACAAUAUCGAUUUAUUCAAACCCAUAAUAUGAGUAGCUCGGUCAAAGAUUUAGUUGUCCAUAUACUCUAUACCUUAGUAUAAUGGAUAGUAUUACUAUACACUUUUAUGUUAUUCAUUGUAUAAUAAUACUCUAUAAUAAUACCUACUCUACUCAUCUUGUUACAUUCUGAUAUUUCAGAGCUAUUUUAGAGGAUUUGGGCUUUUCAUGGACUUGUGAUUUUGUGAAAAUGAUACUACUGUCUGUAAUGUCUGAUUUUGUACAUUUUUAUUUCGAGUUUUUAAUUUUGAAAAUGUGUAUUCCCACAUGGUGGGCCUUUAUUAUUUUUCCGAUUAAAACAUGAGACGCCGAAACCAGUUCAUGAAAUCUGAUACAGAAAAAGAUUACACCAGCCUGGCGUUGUGUUUAUGACAUACAGCAUGCCUUUGGACAAGAAAGACCUCUGCAACAAUACUGAUGGGUAUAAUUGUUCAAUGUUUCUAGGUAGGGCGCUUACUAUUGUUAUGUAUUUUUCUUUCAUCUGACUAU